GCCGCCCUCCUGGCGCCGGGCGGCCAGGCGGGCUCCACGCGGCAGGCGCCCCCGGGCGUGCCCACGCAGCCGCUCCGGCCGCCCACGCCAGUCACGGCGGCGGUGGCGCCCGCGUCGGCAUCGUCCGCGCCCGUGCCUCCGCUGGCCCCGCCCGCGACGACGGGG